GGGGGAGACGGACGAUGAGCCGAGGCGGAUGAAUGAAUGAAUCUUAAGACAGUCGUGAGAAGCGCAUUCACGAAACCACGACGCCUUUGAGAGACGCGCUUUUUGAAGAUCGCGGCUUUUCUUCAACGUCGCCGUCGCUCGUCGUCGUCGCCGCUUCGUCGUCGUUUUCCUCCUGCGCAUUGUGUCCAUAUACACAAUCGCGAUUCUCGAUUGUGCACCUCUCUCUCUCUCUCUCUCUCUCUCCCUCCCUCCCUCCCGCACACACUUUCUUUCACACGUCGCGCGAGUGUGCCCGUGUGUUACUCUCUCGCCCUGUUUACCGUCUCUCGUCGUUUUUGCCAUCCGUCUUUCGCGAGAGAGGAACUCGCCGUCGAACUUCGCUGUUUGCCUCGUUCGCCGUUGGUCUCUUUCUCCGCAUCGUUUGCGGUUUCGCUCGGCUUCCCUGUCGCACGUCCCGAACACUUUGGCGCCGCUCCCCGACUUUGUGAUCGUCAACGCGGUCGAGCCGCGUCUCCGCUCGCGCGCAAGAGUGCGGUGAAUCGGGCUGUGGACGAUGGCAGCGGUUAUCGCAUGGUUAUUACUGUGAUACUGUGACCGCGAAGGAAUAAAAAUCGCCGAGGAUAAGGAAGCGAGAGGAAAAGGAGAGAGAAGAAAUUGCGCCUCAGAGGCGAGUUCCUCGUCUUCCCUCCUCCGGGAACGGGAUGAUCGAGCAGUGACCGUUAAUCCAUUCGCUGAAUCGAAAUGAUCGACGUAUGUCGUAUCAUGUGUGGGAAGCGUCGGUCGGGAUCUUAACGAGAGCGCGACGGUGCAGCCGCCGAUGUUUGUUUCCGGGCAGAUUUCGCGAAACGCCGAGAUAUCCGGUGCUGAGUCGCCGCAAAUAAUCGCGCGGUGAGAAGAAGCGAAAGCGAACUCAUCGACGAAGAUCGAUGAAGACCACUCGUUUUGUCCGGUCAAAGUGUCAAAGCUGAAUUUUAUUCACGCUCAUUAUCACGUCCGUCGCGCCCGCCGCGAUUGUCCGUUUUAAUGUCUCUCUAUCGCUGCGUCUGAAGUAAAAAAAUUCACCGGGAGAAGUGACGAUAGAGCUUAUCGAGAGAAUUACUAUGAGUUAUUACAAUCUCGAGGAAACCAGCUGGGGCGAACGCGAGAGACGAUAGACGGAGGUUUCGACUAGAAGAAAUUCAGUGCGCGUGCUCGCUGAGAGAGGACAGGAAAAAAUUUCCGGCGCAAUUUCGUUUCGGUCGUUGAGAGGAGGCGGUUCCGCGGUCUGACUUUCGCGAUUGAUGCUCUCAAGGGCGGUAACAUGGAGAUCUCGACCAGGAGACGGCGUCUUUGGCAGCCGUGGCUCAAUGCCGAUACUCUUCGAUUGAUUCGCAAACCGGAAGAGGGGAGACCGAAGACGACGAAUCUGCAUCGGAAACCGAGCAGCGCGUGGCGCAAGGAGCGUAGGAGGGAUCCGAUCCAGAGCGAGGCGUUGGAUAUGUCGGCGGCACGUGUGCACCACAGCAGGCCGAGUGUGAUCGUCCCUACCACUCCGCAAGCCGGCACCACGAUCGAAGACACGGCUGUGACGCCUACCCCGACGGCGACGCCGACCGCGGCGGCUGCAGGAGGGCGGAGAACCGGCAUCAGAAACGUGGAUUCGGACAGCGACCCAGCGAUCGACGAGCACUUCAAACGGUCACUGGGGCUGGAGGAGUACGCAGCCGUCUUCAACGCGACCACCACCGAAAAAGAAACUGUCCUAAGUGUUGACGCUCACUUCGCGAAAGCGCUCGGCGAGACCUGGACGAGGCUUCAGGCGACCAGUCGAAGCAAGGAGUCCACCUAACUACCCGGCAACCUCGCCAGGAAUCUUAUCGUCGUCAUCAUCGUCGUCGUCGUUAUCCUCGUCUUCGUUUGUCGCUCGACGAUCGUCGCAACCCGUUCGGGUGAAAACGUUCCAGUCUCGCUCGUUAAUUACGUACUAGUGAUAAAUCAUUACCAAUAAGAGCUAAUCGAAGGUACGCGCCCGCAUUUCGAACGAGUCGUAUCGACGCGAUGUUGGAGUAGAGAAGUUUAAAGAAACACACACGCUGAAACUUGAACUGGCAGGCGGUACGAUCUCGUUAUAGCGCAGGUCUCUAGGAUUUUUCGGGGAUUUCUGGGAUUGGCAACUGGAUUUGUUGUAUCGACGUCCGAUUGAGUUUUCGUAGAGCAAAGUCGCGUUAUUCCUAUCCGUAUCGUUGAAAGCAGACGUCGGGGAAAAAGGAUACAAAUCGAAAGUCUAAAGAACUACGAGUUGUAAUUGGUUUUAGUAUCGUUUUCUUGGGUCUUCGAAGUAAUCUCUAAAUAAAUUACACCGUUACAAUGAAAAAUUAUGUAAGAAUUUAAAUUUAUGCUCCUGCAAGUUCGAUUGAAAUUGACUUAUCCCUCCUCUUUUCACCCUUCACGCUCUACCACAAGUUGCUUCUUCUUGUAGAAUCCACGAUUAUACGAUUUGUAUGCUUUUUCCUCUCGGAUAUCUUCGGUAGAUAUUUUGCUUUAAUAAAACGUACCGCCGUACGUUGCGCAAGAAGGGUAUCAAGUGUCCUUGAUCUUCUCGCUUUUCAACUCGAUGCUCGUUAUUGUCGCUUUUUCGUCGGAGACAUGCAUGCAAGAAGGCAUCAGGAAGACUGGUCUGCGCGCUGUAUUUUGUACGGUGAGUGUGUACCGUGGGCGAAUUUGAUAUUGUAUAUAGGCACGUAUUCCCAUAUUACGAGACGCCAUCGCCAGUCAUUAUCGUAUAGUCCCGAGUUGUGUACGGAUAUAAAAUUAUUUAUUAUGAUACUUCACACUUCCUCGCAAAGCUUGAUAAGUUUAAUAAGUUUAUACUAUGUAUACAUAUGUACGUAACGAUAUUUACAUAGGCGUACGACUCUAUAACACAUGUUAUAACGAUCGUUAUCGGGAAAUCUUCGUGAAUUAGACGCGUAAAAGAGAGAGAAAGAGAGAGAGAGAGAGAGAGGAGAGAAAGCUGGUAAGAUGAUUGUGUAAUUUAAUAA